AGUCGACGUCGAUUUGCGACGAGGGAGAUAGUCGCCAAUCACACCACGACGGACGAUUACUUCAAGAUGCCAGGGACCAAGUCUGCCAGUCUGGCCGGCGCCAAGCGCAAGAGAGACCCGAGCAAGCCAGAGCGCCGCGAACACAAGUCCAAGAGCCGCCGAAAGUCCCCCAGCGACCAUGGCGACGACGCCCAAUCCGACAUUCUGCACCUCGAAGCCCAGAUCCUCGAGUCGCGGCGCCACUACAACAACAUCGCGACCCUCCUCCAGCUGGCAAAACAGCCAGACGCCGAGAAUGAAGCGCCCAUCCUCGCUGUCGUCGCCCUGUGUCGGGUCUUCUCGCGCCUGCUUGCGACGGGCGACAUGGUGAAGAGCAAGGGCAUGGGCGAGGCAGAGGCCGUCAUUGUAUCGUGGCUCAAGGAGAGGUACAAGGACCUUCUGGACGUGCUGCUCGACGACUUCCUGCGCAGUGACCAGCCGGCAAAGCAGUCAGUUGCGCUCGCCUUGGUCAUGCGAUUGGUCAAGGAGGAAUCAAAGGCGCAGAAGGACUACAACAUCAAGAACGGGCCGCUGUCGAGACUAGUCGAAGUGCUGCUCCUCCUGCCGCAGGACGACUUGAACCGCGACGAGUUUGCCGAGAAGUACUUCAAGCAGUUCGACGACGUCCGAUACCACACCUUCCAGACCAUCAAAAACGUCCUUUCCACUGACAUCGAGGCUUCUACCAAGCAGCUCGUGGCCGCCAACAGUCUGGCCCUACUAUCGACCAUCGACACUGUCCCCACCUCCGACGACGACAUCUCCAACCUCUACACCGAGUCGCUAGCAAAGAGCCCCAUACCCUCUCUCAAGGCCUACAAAUCCAAAGCACAAGAAGCCUGGCUCGCAACCAUGCGCUCAGGCCUCAACAAAGAGCAGCGCAAGACCAUCCUAACCGCCUUCUCCUACCAGAUCGCGCCCUGGUUCCAGCAACCCGAGAUGCUAAUGGACUUCCUCACCGACUCAUACAACGUCGGCGGCGCGACCUCCCUCCUCGCCCUAUCCGGCCUCUACUACCUGAUCUCGUCAAAGAACCUCGACUACCCCUCCUUCUACCUAAAACUCUACUCCCUCCUCGACGACUCCCUCCUCCACUCCAAACACCGCUCCCGCUUCUUCCGCCUCCUCGACACCUUCAUGUCGUCCACGCACUUGCCCGCCGCCCUCGUAGCAAGCUUCAUGAAGCGCCUCUCGCGCCUCGCCCUCCACGGUCCCCCCGCAGGCAUCGUCGUAGUCAUCCCCUGGAUCUACAACAUGUUCAAGCGCCACCCCGCUUGCACGUACAUGAUGCACCGCGAGACCCGAUCUCCGGCCCUACUCGCCCAGCUGGAGGAAUCAGGCAUGGACGACCCCUUCGACAUGGACCAGCUGGACCCUGUGCUCUCACAUGCUAUUGACAGCAGCGUCUGGGAGCUCGAGGCCCUGCAGGCGCAUUACCACCCUAAUGUGGCUACGCUGGCGAAAAUCAUCGCGGAGCAGUUCACGAAGCGCUCGUAUAAUCUUGAGGACUUUUUGGAUCACUCGUAUACUGCGCUCCUGGAUAUCGAACUCAAUAGAGAUCUUAAGAAGGACCCCGAGGUUGAAUUUGAGAUUCAGAAACAUAUCUUUACUGCGCCCGAGGCGGGGGCGGACGGCGGACUGAAUCCGCUGGGUCAGUUGCUUGCGCAGGUUAUAGCUGCGAGGUAGAUUUAUGUAGCCUGGUCUUCAAUUUGAUUCGGUGUGUUGUUUGUUGUGGAGAGAGUAUGCCUUUUAGUCUUUGUUGAUGCGGUGUUGGAGGGUGAUGUUGUGGGUGUGACUCUCGUGUGAGCGUUGUUUGAGGUCAAUGUAGUAGGCUGGAGAUGUACGAUGCAGUAUACAUAGACUGAGCUCACGCUGAAUUAAUCACGG